AUGGGGAAUGGGGAAUCUACAUAUACUGAUGGUUCUCAUGAUGAUUCUCUUCAUGAACUACCUUCCCAUGCAGGGACUUCAAUGGAUUCUAGUCAUCAACCAAAGCAACAAUCCGCAUACAUAGCCGACAAUUUUAACUCUUUGGAUCAGGUUAUUUCAUCAUUGAGAGAAGCUGGCCUUGAAUCAUCAAAUUUAAUACUUGGUAUCGACUUCACAAAGAGCAAUGAAUGGACAGGAAGAUAUUCAUUCCAUAGGAAAAGCCUUCAUGCAGUUGGUAGCACGCCUAAUCCUUACGAGCAAGCAAUCUCUAUAAUUGGCCGUACUUUGUCUCCUUUCGAUGAAGAUAAUAUAAUACCUUGUUUUGGAUUUGGCGAUGCAUCAACACAUGAUCAAUGGGUGUUCGGUUUUUAUCCUGAGGGCCGAUAUUGUCACGGUUUCGAGGAAGCUCUUGCACGAUAUAGGGAGAUUGUUCCGUUAUUAAAGUUAUCAGGUCCUACCUCAUUUGCCCCAAUAAUUGAUGCGGCAAUUGACAUUGUUGAAAAAAGCAAUGGGCAAUACCACGUUCUUGUCAUUAUUGCAGACGGACAGGUUACCAGGAGCCCUGAUACUCCUCCUGGAAGAUUCAGUCAGCAAGAACAAGCAACUGUAAAUUCCAUUGUUGCUGCUAGUCAAUAUCCUCUCUCAAUUAUCUUGGUUGGAGUUGGAGAUGGACCAUGGGAUGCAAUGCAGAAAUUUGACGAUAACAUUCCUCAGCGCUCAUUUGACAACUUCCAGUUUGUCAACUUCACCAAAAUCAUGUCAGAGAACACAGAUAUAUCAAAGAAGGAAGCCGCCUUUGCACUUGCUGCCCUCAUGGAAAUUCCAUAUCAGUACAGAGCCACCCAAAGUCUUCAUUUUGUCAAUCAUGAACCAGUAGGUGGUCCUCGUACAAGGCCACUUCCACCUCCACGUGAAGUGAUUAAUCAUGAUAAUGCAGUUAAAUCAAUCCCACAAAUUACAAACGUGCAGAAAGUUGAGCCAACAGCUCCUGUAGCUCCUGUGGAAUCAGUCUGUCCCAUUUGCCUGACAAAUCCAAAGGAUAUGGCUUUCGGAUGUGGUCAUACAGUAAGUGCAGCUAUGAAAGUAAAUUUUUGUCUUUUGAAUGAGUGA